AGAGAGGGAGGGAGGGAGGGAGGCCGAAGCUUCCGGUGCAAGCCAUGGGCGACGACGCCGCCCCGGCCGCGGCGGCGGCGGGGCCGACCACGGCGGGGGAGCCGAAGGAUCCGAGGACGAUCGCGCGCAAGUAUCAGUUGGAUCUCUGCAAGAGGGCUGUGGAGGAAAACAUCAUAGUGUACCUUGGAACAGGAUGUGGUAAGACACACAUUGCCGUGCUGCUGAUAUACGAGCUUGGUCACCUCAUCCGCAAGCCAAGCCGUGAGGUCUGCAUCUUCCUCGCCCCAACUAUCCCCCUUGUACGCCAGCAAGCUAUGGUGAUUGCAAGUUCCACUGAUUUCAAAGUUCAACAUUAUUAUGGGAAUGGUAAAAGCUCGAGAGAUCAUCAGGAAUGGGAGAAUGACAUGAGAAAGUAUGAGGUCCUUGUAAUGACCCCUCAAAUCUUAUUGCAUAGUUUGCGUCAUUGUUUCAUCAAGAUGAACUCUAUUGCACUUUUGAUAUUUGAUGAGUGCCAUCACGCACAAGCUCAAAAACGACAUCCAUAUGCACAAAUCAUGAAGGAAUUCUACAAUAGUAAUAGUGUUGAGAGAUUACCUCGGGUUUUUGGCAUGACUGCUUCACCAAUUAUUGGGAAAGGUGGGUCUAAUAAACUUAAUUACACGAAAUGUAUAAACAGUCUUGAGGAAUUACUUCACGCAAAGGUUUGUUCAGUUGAUAAUGAAGAACUUGAAAGUGUGGUUGCGUCUCCUGCUAUGGAGGUGUACUUUUAUGGCCCAGUUAAUCACUCUAAUCUUACUGUAGCAUACAGCAAAGAGCUUGAUAGCUUAAAGCUUCAGAGCGAGCGCAUGCUGAGAGAUAGCCUAUGCGAUUUCAAGGAUUCUCAAAAGAAACUGAAGUCCUUAUGGAGGUUGCAUGAAAAUCUUAUUUUUAGUUUGCAAGAACUUGGUUCUUUUGGAGCUCUGCAAGCUGCAAGGACCUUGCUGUCCUUUGAUGGUGAUAAGCUAGACAAAAGGGAGGUUGAUCUUAACGGCAAUUCUUCCAGCUUUGCACAUUACUACCUGAGCGGAGCAACUUCUAUUCUUAGUCGCAGUAUAACGGAUGGUUCCCAUGCUGGUUCAUUUGACAUAGAGACAUUUGAAGAACCUUUCUUCUCAGAUAAAUUUUCUGUUCUUAUUAAUGUUCUUUCAAGAUACAGGUUACAGGAAAACAUGAAAUGCAUUGUUUUUGUGAAAAGAAUAACUGUUGCAAGAGCAAUAUCAAACAUUCUCCAAAGCUUGAAGUGUCUUGAUUUUUGGAAAUGCGAGUUCCUUGUGGGUUGCCACUCAGGAUUGAAGAAUAUGUCAAGGAAUAAGAUGGAUGCUAUUGUUGAAAGGUUUUCUUCUGGCGAGGUGAAUCUUUUGGUUGCUACGAGCGUAGGUGAAGAGGGACUUGAUAUCCAGACGUGUUGCCUUGUUGUGCGGUUUGAUCUUCCAGAAACAGUUGCUAGUUUUAUCCAGUCAAGGGGGCGUGCCCGGAUGACUAAAUCUAAAUACGUUGUUCUCCUAGAGAGGGGAAAUCAGUCUCACGAGAAGUUGCUUAAUGGUUAUAUUGAUGGUGAAUGCAUUAUGAAUGAAGAGAUUGACUCAAGAACUUCAAAUGAUAUAUUUGAUUGCCUCGCAGAGAACAUUUAUCGAGUGGAUAGCACUGGUGCCUCCAUUAGCACUGCUUGUAGUGUAUCUCUACUGCAUCGCUACUGCGACAACCUUCCUAGGGAUAUGUUUUUUACACCUUCCCCAGCGUUCUUCUACAUUGAUGGCAUUGACGGAAUAAUCUGCAGACUAAUACUUCCACCAAAUGCUUCUUUCCGUCAAGUGGAUGGUCAACCAUGUCUAUCAAAAGAUGAAGCUAAGAGAGAUGCAUGCUUGAAGGCAUGCAUAAAACUUCAUAAACUGGGUGCUUUGACAGAUUUUCUUCUACCAGGUCCAGGUUCAAGAAAGAAUAAAGUAUCAACAACAAAUAAUUCAUCAAACAACAAAGUUGAAGAUGAAAGUCUAAGAGAAGAGCUUCAUCAGAUGUUAAUUCCUGCAGUUCUCAAACCUUCAAGAUUGAAGCUAGACUGUUUAUUGAGCUUGCACUUCUACUAUGUUAAAUUUAUUCCCAUACCAGAAGAUAGGCGCUACCAGAUGUUUGGCCUCUUUGUGAUCAACCCCCUUCCUGUGGAAGCUGAAACAUUACAAGUUGACUUGCAUCUUGCUCGUGGCAGGAUUGUGAAAGCAGGAAUUAAGCAUUUGGGGAAAAUAGCGUUUGAGAAAGAAAAGAUGAUGCUUGCACAGAAGUUUCAAGAGAUGUUUCUGAAGAUUCUCCUGGACAGAUCUGAGUUCACUUCAUCCCAUGUUAUAUUGGGCAAUGAUGUUACAUUAGAAAUUAAUUCAACAUUUUACUUGCUGCUUCCCAUCAAGCAGAAAUGUUAUGGCGAUAAAUUUAUGAUUGACUGGCCAGCAGUUGAGCGCUGUUUAUCAUCACCAAUCUUUAAAGCCCCUAAAGAUGUGUCUGUCCAUGACUCAUAUUCACCAAAUAAGUCUCUGAGACUUCUUGAUGGAAUCUGUAGUAAAACUGAUGUGGUUGGCAGUGUAGUAUUUAGUCCCCACAACAACAUCUUUUUCUUUGUUGAUGCCAUUCUGGAUGAAAUAAAUGCUAGAAGCGAGUACAAGGACGCAACUUAUGCAGAACACUUCAAGGAAAGGUUUGGUAUUGAACUAUCCCAGCCUGAACAGCCACUUUUGAAGGCUAAACAGCUCUUCAACCUGCGAAAUUUGCUUCACAAUCGGUUACAGGAGACCACAGAAUCGGAGGGUCGUGAAUUAACAGAACACUUCGUGGAGUUACCUCCAGAAUUAUGUUCCUUGAAGGUUAUUGGGUUUUCAAAAGAUAUGGGCAGUUCCCUGUCCUUACUGCCAUCUUUAAUGUAUCGUUUGGAGAAUUUGCUGGUGGCUAUUGAGUUGAAGGAUGUGAUGUCUUCUUCUUUUCCAGAAGCUUCUAAAAUUAGUGCUUCUGGUAUACUUGAAGCAAUUACUACUGAGAAAUGUUUGGAGAGGAUCUCUUUGGAGCGGUUUGAAGUCCUAGGUGAUGCUUUCUUGAAGUAUGUAGUUGGGCGUCACAAUUUUAUUACAUAUGAAGGACUUGAUGAAGGGCAGUUGACCAGGAGACGUUCUGAUGUAGUGAAUAAUUCAAAUUUAUAUGACUUGUCAAUCAGAAGAAAUUUGCAGGUAUACAUACGGGACCAACAGUUUGAACCAAUUCAGUUCUUUGCACCAGGAAGACCUUGUAAAGUUGUAUGCAAUAGUGACGUGGAAGUGAGUCUACACCAGAUGAAUAUUCACCCUGAUAAUAGAGAAAACUGUAACAUGAGAUGUACAAAGUCGCAUCAUUGGCUGCACAGAAAAGUGAUUGCAGAUGUUGUUGAAUCACUUAUUGGAGUAUUUCUUGUUGAGGGUGGAUUCAAAGCUGCAUUUGCUUUCAUGCAUUGGAUGGGAAUAGAUGCUGAUUUUAAUAGUUCGGCUCUCUACAGAGUGUUAGAUGCAAGCUCCAUCAAUUUAUCUCUUUUGGACUACACUGACAUUGCCGAGCUUGAAGAAUUGAUAGAUUACAAGUUCAAACAUAAGGGUCUCCUUCUCCAAGCAUUCGUACACCCUUCGUUUAGUCAGCAUUCUGGAGGCUGCUACCAGAGACUGGAGUUUCUUGGAGAUGCUGUUUUGGAGUAUGUGAUAACAUCAUACCUCUACUCAACUUAUCCCAAUCUAAAGCCUGGUCAAAUAACAGAUCUAAGAUCAUUAGCUGUUGGUAAUGAUUCACUUGCUUAUGCAUCAGUUCAAAAAUCUAUCCAUAGGCAUCUUAUAAAGGAUUCAAAUCAUCUUACGUCAGCAAUAAGUAGAUUUGAGAAAUAUGUGAAGCUCUCCAAUUCAGAGAAAGACUUGCUUGAAGAACCAGCAUGUCCCAAGGUUCUUGGUGAUAUUGUUGAAUCUUGUAUUGGCGCGGUGCUUUUAGAUUCAGGCUUCAACCUGAACAAUGUUUGGAGAGUAAUGCUUAUGCUUCUAAAGCCAGUAUUGACUUUCUCCAACAUGCAUACUAAUCCAAUGAGAGAACUUAGAGAGCUUUGUCAGUGUAAUGGAUUUGAGUUAGGCCUUCCCAAACCUGUGAAGGCUGAUGGAGAGUUCCAUGUGAGAGUAGAAGUUAACAUCAAGAGCAAAGUGAUCAUUUGUACUGCAGCCAAUCGAAAUUCCAAAGCCGCUAGAAAGUUUGCUGCACAAGAAACACUCUCUAAACUCAAGAGUUAUGGAUAUAAACAUAGAAACAAGUCACUCGAGGAGAUUUUGGUUGUUGCUAGGAAGAGAGAAUCAGAACUCAUAGGGUAUAAUGAAGAUCCAAUCGAUGUUGAGUCUGACAUAUCUGUAAAAAUAAAGAGUCUACAUAUACAUGAAGAGAGGGAUGCAAACAUAUCUUUUGAAAAUACAGAAACAUCUUGUACUGGGAGUUCUAAAAUUCUCAGUCAAAGAAGAGCAGGACAUAUCAGGCCUGACAAUUAUGAUGUUGAUAAUGGAAGGAACAAUCAACCCAAGUUGGCAAUGCAGAGUGGCUGUCUGCCUAGUGAAGCAACAGAGACAAGCAAUAAAAAGGUCUAUCAUGGUGAUAUGGUACACAAGACUGCAAGAUCAUUCCUUUUUGAACUAUGUGCUGCAAAUUAUUGGAAACCUCCUGAAUUCAAGUUAUGUAAAGAGGAAGGCCCAAGCCAUCUUCCAAAGUUCACAUACAAGGUGGUCGUUGAGAUAAAGGGCACUUCGGCGACCCUUUUGGAGUGUCACAGCGAUGCCAAGCAUCAGAAGAAGGCUGCACAAGAGCAUGCGGCACAAGGGGCGGUUUGGUGUCUCAAGCAACUUGGGCACCUACCAAAAGAGGGCGUUCGUGUGUAAGCAAUAUUGUCAUAUUUUGGUGUCACAGGGCGAAGUACAGAGAUUUGUUUGGCGAGCGCUCAAUGUGUCCAAGGGAUGUGUAUAAAUUUCAGUUUCUCGAAUGCCCCUAUGAACGGCCUGAGUUGUAUAGCCUAGUCUGUUCUUUUUCCAUGAGACGCAUAUGGGUAUAUAAUUCUUUAAUGGAUGUAUAUAGUAUCCAUUCAUGUUCCAAUACAUGUUAUUGUGUCCAAUUGCACGCUGGGAAGGUGCAAUCUUAAUAUUUUUUUAUGAACAUGUUUUUCUUUCCGCGAAUACACAAAUCCUGUUUUGUUUCUGCAGUUCUGGU